AUGGAGCAGCGCAGCGGGGAAAGGAAGGAGGAAGAGCAGGGGGCUCCAGCAGCUGGGAAGAGCCCGGGCACCAAGGCUGUGGAUGAAGGGUGGGCAUGGGGAGUGGUGCUCCACUUCUUCCUGGUCAACGUCCUGGUGAUGGGGAUGCUGAAGAGUUUUGGGAUCUUCUUCGUGGCUUUCCAGGAGGACGUGGGGGGCUCCUCGGAGCGGAUCAGCUGGAUCGGCUCCAUCAUGUCCUCCCUGCGCUUCCUGGCAGCCCCGCUGGUGGCCGUGGUCUGCGGGAGGCUGGGCGAGCGGCCCACCUCCAUCCUCGGGGCCGGCUUGGUCAGCGGGGGCUGCCUGCUGAGCACCAGGGCCACCAGCGUCCCCUUCCUCUGCGGCUCCAUGGGACUGCUCCUGGGGUUGGGGUUCGCCUGCCUUUACCAGGCGGCAGCGGUGAUGACGGCCAAGCGCUGCAGGACACGCUUGGCUUUCUCCAACGCCAUCGCCCGCUCCGGGAUGGGGCUGACGUUUCUGAUCGCGCCCUUCACUCAGUUUCUCAUCGAUUUUUAUGGCUGGCAAGGUACCCUCCUGAUUUUCGGAGGCAUCAUGUUGAACCUCGUGCCUUCCAGCAUGCUGCUGCGACCUGCCGCUGCCCAGCCACCCGAAAACCCAGACCACGGGUGUUUAAUGGCAAAGAAGGAUCCAGAAACCCUCGAUGGGUGCUUGGAUGAAACCACUCACGGGGAAAUGCAGCUUCGCAGUGCACAGGAGCUUCCCACCACAGAGGGACUCGCGGUGUCCCACAACAAGGACGUCUCUGGUUCAGAAACGAUGGAGAAACCUUGCCAAGAAACGAUGACCAAGGCCAAGAGAAGCCACAAAUUCUUUAAACAGAGGGGAAAAGAAGAUUCCCAGCCUCUCCUCGACUUCUCCCCGCUGACGGAUCCCAUCUUCUGCAUCUUCACGUGGUCCUUUCUGUUCAGCCACUUGGCCUACUUCGUGCCCAUCUUCCACCUGGUGGCCAGGGCCCGGACGCUGGGCAUAAGCAGCAUGGACGCCUCUUACCUCAUCUCGGUGGCUGGGGUCACGGAGAUGCUCAGCCAGCUGCUCUCGGGCUGGGUCGCAGACCAGAACUGGACCAAGAAGUACCACUACUACGCGGCUUACCUGGUCCUGUGCGGAGCCACCAACCUGCUGUGUCCCCUGGCCACCACCUUCCCCCUGCUCAUGGCCUACGCCGUGGCCUUCGCCGUCUUCUGCGGCGGCUUCAUGGCUCUGGUCCUCCCUGUGCUGGUCGAUUUGGUGGGCGUGCAAAAACUCCACAGCUACUUGGGGUUUGCUGCCUUCUUUGCUGGGAUAGCGGCCGUCGGUGGACCUCCUCUAGCAGGGUGGCUGUAUGACUACACCCAGACAUAUGUCUGCUCUUUCCUCUUUGCUGGAGCCUGUGCUCUCAUUUCACCCAUCUCUUUCUUCUUUGAGCCUUCGGCCCAGAAAUGGAAGCUAAAAAAAGCCAACCUGAACAACAGCCCCGGGUUCAGCUGGAGGGAGUCUGCGGUGCAGAAAUCAAAGGAUGGUGUUUGA